ACAGGACGCGAAGCCGAUCGAUCGGUAGAGAGGGAGAGCCUGCAGCCGCCAAGCUGUCCGUGCCGAGGAGAGAGGUCUCCGUCGCCGGACAGUCACGUCCAGUUCGCAGCUCCGGGCGCCCGCUUCGUGGCGGCUCGUGAUCAGGAUUUGGAAGGGCAAUGGGGGUUAAGUGACUUGCCCAGGGUCACACAGCUGGGGCAUCCAAGAAACCAGGUAAUGGCAGAUGAGCUUCUUCCACCCAGGCCUCAGGGCCGGACACUGGGAUUAUCGCUGGGCUGCCGCAGGAAUGUGUUUCAGGCAUCUAUGAUGUUUGAAGAUGUGGCUGUGUAUCUCACUCGGGAGGAGUGGAGCCAUCUGGGUCCUGCUCAGAGAAACCUCUACAGGGAUGUGAUGCUGGAGAAUUAUGGGCAUGUGGUCUCUCUGGGAUUUCCAGUAUCCAAACCAAAUGUGAUCUCCCAGCUAGAACGAGGGGAAGAGCCAUGGAUCCUAGACAUUCAGGAAGCUGAGGGGAGAAAGAUGCUGAGAAGCGACUGUUUAGAUUGUGAAUUGAGGACUGAGAAAAAUGAACUGUCUCCAAAGCAGGAAAUUUCUGAAGAGGUGGAACCACAAUGGGCAAUACUGGAAAGACUCACAGGGAAUGUUCCCCAAGGAUCCAAAUGGGGAGAAGUCUGUGAAUAUGAAGGAAGACCAAAGGAAAAUUGGGGAUCCUCUGUAGGAAGGAAGCUCCUUUCUCAAGAGGGAAAUUUCAGGACAGUUUCAGUGAUCCACCAGUUAUCUGCAACAGGAAUGAGAGGCCAAGAAUGUAAUGAAUUCGGAAGAAAUUUCAGGCUGCCAUCUAACCCUGUUCGGCUUCAAAGAGAUCCUUCAGGAGGGAGACUACAUCAGUGGGAUGAAAUGGGCCAAAGAUUCAAACAAAAUUCAGAUUUAAUUAGAUACCAGAAAGACUAUGCAAAAGAGAAACCUUGUGACAAUUCUGUAUAUUGGAAACAGUUUGGACAGAGCUCAAAUCUUAUUGAACAUCAAAAAAUUCACACUAGAGAGGAAACUUAUGAGUGUAAUGAAUAUGGAAAACACUUUAUCAGAAGGUCUUUGCUCAUACAAAAUCAGGGAAUUCAUACAGGAGCAAAAACAUAUGAGUGUAGCGAAUGUGGAAAUACCUACAGUAAGAAGUCUCUUCUUAAUGAUCAUCAGAAAAUUCACAAUGCAGGGAAACAUUACCAGUGUAAUGUAUGUGGAAAAGCCUACAAUAAGAAGUCUACAUUUGUUGAUCAUCAAAAAAUUCACACUGGAGAAAAACCCUAUGAGUGUAAUGAAUGUCAUAAAUGCUUUAUCAGAAAAUCUUUGCUUAUUCGACACCAGAGAAUUCACACAGGAGAGAAACCGUAUGAAUGUACUGAAUGUGGGAAAGCCUGCAGUCAAAAGUCUGCCCUUCUUGAUCAUCAAAGACUUCAUACAGGUGAAAAACCCUAUGAAUGCAGUGAAUGUGGUAAGCACUAUAUCAGAAAGGCUUUGCUUAUUGAACACCAGAGAAUUCAUACAGGAGAAAAACCCUAUAAGUGUAAUGAAUGUGGGAAAGCCUAUAGAAAAAAGUCCACUCUUGUGGAUCACCAGAGACUUCAUACUGGAGAGCGAUCCUAUGAAUGUAAUGAAUGUGGUAAAAUCUUCACCCAAAGCCUAAAUUUCAUUCAGCAUCAGAGAAUUCACACAGGAGAGAAACCCUAUCAGUGUAGUGAUUGUGGAAAACCAUUCAGUCAUAGAUCUGCCCUUAUUCAACACCAGAGAAUUCACACUGGUGAGAAGCCCUAUGAAUGUAACGAAUGUGGCAAAGCCUACUGGAGGAAGUCUACCCUUAUUGAUCAUCAAAGACUUCACACUGGAGAGAUACCUUAUAAAUGUAGUACAUGUGGGAAGGCUUUCAGACAUAGGCCAUCUUUCAUUGAACAUCAGAAAUUACAUAAUGGAGGCAAACACCAUGAGUGUAAUGAAUGCAAAAAACAAUUUAGUACACGGGCUUCCCUUAUUCAGCAUCAGAGACUUCAUACUGGAGAGAAACCUCAUGAAUGUAAUGAAUGUGGAAAAGCUUUCAGUCAGAAGUCUACACUUAUUGAUCAUCAGAGACGUCACAGUGGGGAGAAACCAUAUGAGUGUAGUGAAUGUGGUAAAUGCUUUAUCAGAAGAGCUUUCCUUAUUCAGCACCAGAGAGUUCACACAGGAGAGAAACCCUAUGAAUGUAAGGAAUGUGGGAAAGCCUAUAGAAAGAAGUCUACUCUUACUAGUCACCAGAAAAUUCAUAUUGAAAAGAAACAAGAGUUAAUUAAUAUCGAAAAGUCCUCAGUCUUGAAACCUGCUCUUAUUGAUCACCAGUGACUUCAUAUUGGGAGAAGUCCCACGAAUUUAACAAUUGUAAAUGGUUUAUUAGAAGUACUUUGCUUAUUCAUCAGAGAAUUCACAUAAAAACCCUUAUGAAAACAAUUAAUGUGGAAAAUACUUAAAAAUCUUUGCUUGGAGAGAAUUCCUAUGAUCAUACAUAGAAUGUGGGCAAACAUUCAACUGGAAUUUCAACCUCAUUAGACAUAAAACAAUUCUCACAGGAGAGAAGUCCAGUGUGUGUAUGAGAGAAACCUAGUACAUGCCUGUAAGGUGUGAAUUCCUUAAAUGAAUCUGCAUACUUUCAUCAACAUUUGAAAAUUCAGAAUGAAAAGAACCAUCUCAGGGUAGUGAAUGUGAGAGGCUUUACAAUCUUCAGUCAGAAGUCUUCCCUUGUUUGACAUUGUAGAAUUGCUACUGGAGAGAAAUGUUAUCAUGAAUGCCAGGAAUCUGGGGAGGCUGUCAGGUCCAAGCUGUCAUUGAACAUCAGACAAUGCAUAAUUUCAUAGAUUUGUGGUUACUUCUGCUGAUGCAGACUGACAUUCCUUCAUACUUUCUCAUCUAUGUUCUGCCAUAAAUCUUCCAAAGAGUAGCCACCAUAUUGGAGGUUUUCCUUUGAUUCUUUUACUAUCUUCAGGAUACCAAAUGCAUCACUUAGUGUGCUUCUCCUUUGUGUCUCAUUCUCACAACCUGGCCGACUCACCUCCAUAUCCAGGCAUACAUGUCUUCCAUAAUAUUGGUUAUAUUACUUCUCUAGUCUAAGUCACCAUUGGCAACAUGCUGCUACUAUUAGUUCAUUACUUUUUGAGUAACAUAAUUUGGAAUCUAACUACAUCCAGGUUUUCCAUAAUUUGAAGGCACAUAGUAUCUAAAAUAUUGGUUUUUGAAGAGAUGGAUUUUUGCAAUGGGAAGCAGUUAGGGUUUAUUGAAAGCAAUUUUUCAAAUGUAUUCCAAUCCAGUGAGAUCACUUCCUGCUACUUAAACACACACACAUACACACAUAAAUGUAUUAUGUAUAUAUUUAUAUCUCUGUGUGUGGGUAUAUAUGUAUAUAUAUAUAUAUGUAUAUAUAUAUACAUAUAUAUAUACACACACACGCACACACACAUAGACACAUAAAUAAAAAAAUAUGGACUAACUUGAUCAACCUUUCACUGCAUGUCAAAAUCUGUUCAAUACAUGGUUUUAAUUCACUUUGUUUUGGGGGAUUUAGAUCAUUAAGUCAAUUUCUUUUUUCAUUGCUGUAGAUUUUACUGACGAAGCUUUAUAGCAUUCUGAGGCUUAAUUUAAUUAGUAGAGAAACAUGCCAUAACUGUAAUGACUGUGAAAAAGCUUUCUGUGUGUCUUCAUCCAAAAUUCAGUGUCAUAAGAUUCGAAACCCAGUGAGUGUAGAGAAUUCAGAAAAGCCUUCAGCCAGUGUAUACAUUUAAUUCCAUGUUAGCAUUUAUACAGGUGAGAAGUCCUAAUGAAUUUGGCACAGUCUUUUUCUCAGAGCAUUUAUUAUUGAACAACAGAGAAAAUAUAAUUGGAGAAACCUUAUGAAUGAAAUAAAUAUGGGAAAGCUCUUCCUCAUAUAAAUUCUUAUUAAAUAUGAAAGAACUCACAAAUAGGAAAUACAUUAAUAUAAUGAUUGAAUCAAAAGCUUUAACUAACUCUCUAGCUGUAUUUGACAUCAGAGGAGUAAUAUUGAAGAGAAAUCCUGUGACAACGAUGAGAUUUAUGAUUUGCAUAGUGGUUGAGCUAGAUCAUAGGAUCUCAUAAUUGGAAAAGAUAUCAAAGACCAUGUGAUUCAGCAGAUAACAAGAACCCUCCCAUAACAUCCUUGACAGGUGAUGAUCCAGCAAUCCCUUGGAGCUCUCCUGUGGUAAGAAACUAAUGAUUUACUGAGGUACACAAAUUCUGUUUUGUACCAUUCUAAUUUCUAGGAAGCCUUUACUUAUAUCUACAUAAAUAUUUGCAGCUUCCUACCAUUGAUUUUAGUUUUGUUUUCUGAAAUAAAGUGGAACAAAUCUAAUUCCUCUUCCAUGUGACAGAUAUUCAAAUAAAGACCACUAUUAUCCUGUCCCUCUUUCCUACCCUGCUACCUGAGCUUUUGGAACUCACCCUUAUAUCACAUCCCAAAUUGCCUCACCAUCUGGUCCAUAUUUUUCUGAAUAUUUGUCAGUGUAUUUUCCAAAACUUAGCACCUACGGCUGAAUGUAGUACCACAGAUGAGACAUGACUACAGAAAGCAGAGAGACUAUCACAUCCUUCAUUCUGGACACUGUGCUUACAUCAGUGGAAUCUAAAAUAGCAUUAACUUUUUGGAGGACAUUUGUGCAAUGUUGACAUAUUCCACAAAAAAAUACCUGUAUUCUUUCUCCAUAAUUGUUGUCUAGAUGCUUCUCCUCAAUUCUGUACUCCUGAAGUUGGUUUCUUGAAUCCAAGUAUCUUUUUCAGUCAUUUCAGUUGUUGCAACUCUUCAUGACCCUAUUUUGUGUUUUCUUGGCAAAGAUAAUGGAAUAGUUUGCCAUUUCCUUCUCUAGCUCAUUUUACAAAUGAGGAA